AUGCCCGUCUUCACAGAGUACGCGACCAAGUCGCGCGAGCUACGGGUUCUACCUUCCUUUGGCCCUCCACUGCCCCGCAUCACACCUGCAUUCACGCGCGACGAGCAGACGGAGAAAUACGAGGUCGUCAUUGUCGGAGCGGGGCCCGCCGGUAUGAUGCUGGGCCUGCUCCUGUCGCGAUACGGAUUGAACGAUGAUUCAUUGCUCUUUGUUGAUGGGAAGCCCUCGCUGCUGACGUCCGGUCAGGCAGACGGUAUCCAACCCCGAACUCUGGAGGUGUUCAAGUCCCUUGGCAUCGUUGAUGAACUUGUGCACGAUGGGUGCCAUAUGGAAGAAGUUGCAUUUUGGAACCCGUCUAGCAACAAGGACGAAGUGAUCGAGAGAACCUCGAUUGUUCGCGAUAUCGCAGUGCCUGCGCGGUACAAUUUCGAGGUGACUAUUCACCAGGGUCGAAUUGAGCGGAUUCUUGAAACGGAUUUGCUGCGGUAUUCGAAGCGCGGUGUGCAGCGCAGCACAAAGCUUCUCACCGUCAACAUUGAUGAAUCAGAUCCGGAGUUUCCUGUCGUCGCGGAGCUUGAGACGAAGGGGCAGCGCAGGACCAUUCGCACUAAGCAUUUGGUUGGCGCUGAUGGCGCGCACUCGGUUGUGCGACGGCACAUGGGUCUCAAGAUGCUUGGAGAGUCUACUGACCACAUCUGGGGAGUGAUGGAUCUGGUCGUGGAUACUGAUUUCCCUGAUAUUAGGAGACGCUGUGCCAUUCACUCUCCAGCUGGAUCCGUCAUGGUCAUUCCGCGAGAGCGUAUCGCGACGGGUGAUUAUCUCACUCGUCUGUAUGUGCAGGUACCAGAACUGGAGACGGAGGAGACCCUUAAUGGUUCAAACAAAGAACAGGCCAAGGAACGUCGGAGCAAAGUUACGAUGGACAGGCUCUUCCAGCAUGCGGUGGACGCCUUUAAACCAUAUUACAUUCAGCCCAAGAAGGAUGGCGAUGUGGACUGGUGGGCAGCGUACCAGAUUGGGCAGCGCGUGACGGAACGGUUUGCAGUGAAGGAUUCGAAGGGAGUCAACCGGGUGUUUAUUGCUGGAGAUGCAUGCCAUACACAUAGUCCCAAGGCCGGCCAAGGCAUGAACGUAUCCAUGAUGGACUCGUACAACUUAGCCUGGAAACUGAUCUACUCGAUCUAUGGCCUCGCCCCCAACCCCGAAGCCCUCCUCGACACCUACCACAGCGAACGACACACCAUUGCACAACAGUUGAUCGAUUUCGACCGUACCUUUUCUUCCAUGUUCUCAGGGAAAAUUGGUUCCGAAGACGGCAACCAGGGACUCACGCAUGAGGAGUUCCAAACUGUCUUUAGCACUGGAAAUGGAUUUACAAGUGGCUGUGGUAUUGAAUAUCCCGUGAGUUUGGUCGUGAACCGGACGCUGGAAAAAGAGGGCAAGGAUCCAAUCCACGGAACGGACCGUUUGUCGGGUAUGCUGUACCCAGGUCGAAGAUUGUUAAAUGUACAAGUUAAAAGACACGCGGAUGGGAACCGUCGCGAUCUUCAGGAUGACUUCCUCUCAACCGGCCGCUUCCGCAUCCUCUGCCUAACAUCCACCGACCUCCUCGACCCAAGUGGUAUCUCCCACCAAACCCUGACCACUCUCGGUUCCUCCGUUCUCCCGCGCUUCCCAAUCUCCACAAUCGAACAAGUUGUUCUCCACCCGCGCCUAUCUCGCGACUUCACCUGGCGGGAUGUACCCCGUGAACUGAAGCAGUACUCGGAGAUGCAGUUCUACAACGGGUAUGAGAAGGAAGAUGCUUAUGGGGUUUAUGGUGUGAUUCCGGAGAAGGGUGCUGUGGCGAUUGUGAGGCCGGAUGGGUACAUUGGGGUUGUGGCUGAAUUGGGGGAUGUGAAGAGGGUGGAGGGGUAUUUGGAGGGGUGUUUGAGGACGGUGUAG